GCCGAGGCUCCAGCGAGCGCCGAGGAGCGGGAGGAGGAGGAGGAGGAGGAGGCAGGAGCGCAGAGCGCCGAGCGCCGAGCCCCGCGCCGCCGCCGCCGCGCAAUCCACCGCCAUCCGCCGCCCCCGCGCCCGGCCGCCGCCCGACCGCCAUCGCCCGGGCCCGUCGCGCGCGGACGCAGACCAGGCAAAUCGGAGCGGUGCCGAGAAAAAUUUCCUUACUAGAUGACAUUUCAUCGCAAUGUCCGAUCGUUUGGGGCAAAUAACCCAGGGCAAGGAUGGGAAAAGCAAGUACUCGACUCUCAGCCUGUUUGACAAGUAUAAAGGGAGGUCAGUAGGUGCCGUCAGAUCCUCAGUUAUUCCUAGACAUGGCUUACAGAGUCUCGGGAAAGUUGCCACAGCCCGGCGUAUGCCACCGCCUGCAAACCUGCCAAGCCUGAAGUCUGAAAACAAAGGAAACGACCCCAACAUCGUGAUAGUUCCCAAGGACGGGACAGGAUGGGCCAACAAGCAGGACCAGCAAGACCCAAAGAGUUCCAGUGUGACGGUCUCUCAGCCGCCGGAGUCGCAGCCGCAGCCGGGUUUGCAGAAAUCUGUCUCCAAUUUGCAGAAACCGACACAGUCUAUCAGUCAGGAGAACACAAAUUCAGUGCCAGGUGGACCAAAGUCAUGGGCACAGCUGAGUGGAAAGCCAGUCGGACACGAAGGUGGUUUAAGGGGCUCAAGCCGACUGUUAUCCUUCUCUCCCGAGGAAUUUCCGACGCUGAAAGCAGCUGGAGGGCAGGACAAGGCUGGCAAAGAAAAGGGCGCCUUAGAUCUGUCGUAUGGGCCAGGACCAAGCCUCCGCCCUCAGAAUGUGACAAGCUGGAGGGAGGGCGGUGGGCGGAACAUCAUUUCUGCCACAUCUCUGAGCGCCUCCCCAACAGAGCUGGGCAGCAGGAACGCCAGCGGGGCAGAUGGAGCCCCCUCCUCGGCAUGCACCAGCGAUUCUAAGGACCCCUCUCUCCGCCCGGCUCAGCCCAGCCGCAAAGGGGCCUCACAGUUCAUGGGACAUGUUUAUCAGCCACCCACAUACCAUGACAUGCUUCCAGCUUUUAUGUGUUCACCACAGUCGUCCGAGAACCAGAGCACAGUGGAACGAAGCUCCUUCCCCCUUCCUCAGCUCCGCCUGGAACCCCGUGUUCCUUUCAGACAGUUCCAGAUGAAUGACCAAGAUGGGAAAGAAAGGCCAGGCGUGACACGGCCAGUGCGCCCAUUGAGGCAGCUGGUGGAGAGGGCACCACGGCCCACCAUCAUCAAUGCAGAAAAUCUGAAGGGCCUGGAUGAUCUAGACACCGAUGCAGAUGAUGGCUGGGCAGGCCUCCAUGAGGAAGUGGACUAUUCUGAGAAACUGAAGUUCAGUGAUGAUGAAGAUGAGGAGGAUGUUGUGAAGGAUGGCCGGUCAAAGUGGAACAACUGGGACCCAAGGCGGCAGCGGGCAUUGUCCUUGAGCUCUGCAGACAGCACUGAUGCCAAGCGUACUCAGGAGGAAGGGAAGGAUUGGAGUGGAGCAGCAGGUGUGUCCCGUGUCGUCCGAAAGAUGCCAGAGCCUCAGCCUCCUUCCAGGAAGCCUCACAGCUGGGCCUCUGGCCCCGACUACCAGAAGCCCACAAUGGGCAGCAUGUUCCGUCAGCAGUCUGUUGAGGACAAGGAGGACAAGCCACCCCCACGGCAGAAGUUCAUCCAGUCAGAGAUGUCAGAGGCUGUGGAACGAGCCCGAAAGCGCAGGGAAGAAGAAGAGCGCCGGGCCCGGGAGGAGAGGCUGGCUGCCUGUGCUGCCAAACUCAAGCAGCUAGACCAGAAGUGCAGGCAGGCUCAGAAGGCCAGUGAGACCCCAAAGCCAGUGGAAAAGGAGGUCCCCCGAUCCCCGGGCAUUGAGAAGGUCUCCCCACCAGAGAACGGCCCUGUUGUCCGCAAAGGCUCCCCAGAAUUCCCUGUCCAAGAAGCACCCACCAUGUACUUGGAAGAGACACCUGCAAUGUCCCCAACAGUGGCUCAGAGCAACAACAGCAGCAGCAGCAGCUGUAGCAGCAUCGAGGAGGAAGGCCGGGAGGCCGGGUCCCCUGCACAGGAGUUCAGCAAAUACCAGAAGUCCCUCCCUCCCCGUUUCCAGCGCCAGCAGCAGCAGCAGCAGCAGCAACAGGAGCAGCUGUAUAAGAUGCAGCACUGGCAGCCGAUGUACCCCCCACCUUCUCACCCCCAGCGCACCUUCUAUCCACACCACCCCCAGAUGCUGGGAUUUGACCCAAGGUGGAUGAUGAUGCCCUCCUACAUGGACCCACGCAUCACCCCGACUCGGACACCUGUGGACUUCUACCCCUCAGCCCUGCAUCCUUCAGGACUGAUGAAGCCCAUGAUGCCCCAAGAGUCCCUCAGUGGGACUGGCUGUCGCUCUGAAGAUCAAAACUGUGUGCCCUCACUCCAAGAACGAAAAGUGACCCCCAUCGACCCGGCUCCUGUGUGGAGCCCAGAGGGCUACAUGGCACUGCAGAACAAAGGCUACUCACUGUCCCACCCGAAGUCUGCUGACACCCUGGCCAUGGGCAUGCAUGUCAGGAAUGAAAGGUCUUACUCUGCCUCCCCCGGAAGGUCAGGGGGCAUAAGUGCCCAGCGCGAUCUCUUUGAGGAGAGAGGGGAGGAGUUCUUGAGUGCUUUUGACAAGAAGGCCCAAGCAGACUUUGACAGCUGUAUCUCUUCUCAAAGAAUAGGCCAGGAGCUUUUAUUUCCACCUCAGGAAAAUGUUCAGGAGGUGGGUGCUCCUGGGGGUUGUACCCCAAACCUCAGGUGUUCCCCAUUGGAGCCUGACUUUGUCCCAGCUGAGAAAAAGCCAGAGUAUGGCAGCUGGGAUGUUGGCCACCAGCCAAAGGCUGCCGACACAGCCAACAGUGUGGAGCUGGAGGUGCCCCGGCAGGAGCCUUCCUUUCAUGUUUCCUCUUGGGAGAAGGAAGGGAGCCCCAAGAAACAGCCAAAUCCAGAGCCCGAGUGGACACCCGAGCCCCGGAGCUCCAGCAGCCAGCACCAGGAGCAGCCAGGCAGGACCCGGAGGUCGGGACCCAUCAAGAAACCGGUUCUCAAGGCCCUGAAGGUAGAAGAGAAGGAAAAGGCAUUGGAGAGAGUCAGGCAGGGCCUUGGAGAGGAGAGCUCGCAGCGGGCCACAGAGAAAGAACCCAUGUGCAAGACAGAAGAGGAUGAGGAGAACAACCCUGCCCUAGCCAAUGCCUCCUCAGCCCUGGAGGAUAAGGCUGCUACUGCCCGGGCUGGUUUUGGCCACGAAGCUAGCAAGCUGGAUGAAGAUGCAAAGGCUGAUAAGACCUGGGAGAGCAGGCCCUCAAGGGAGGCCAGUGACAUUCCCCCAACCAAGAGAAACAACUGGAUCUUCAUUGAUGAGGAACAGGCCUUCGGGGGCCGGGGCCAGGCCCGUAGCCGUGGCCGUGGCUUCAGAGAGUUCACCUUCCGGGGCGGCCGGCCUGCAGGCAGCAGCACAAGUGCUCUUUGUGGCACAGGUGUCCUUGGGUCUCGUGGCAUGUACAGUAGUGGCCAGCGUAGUAACCGAGGCAGGGGCCUGCGUGAUUUCCCCCCACCAGAAGACUGCCCUAGAGCCAAGCCAAGGCGGCGCAUUGCCAGCGAGACCCAUAGCGAGGGCUCUGAGUAUGAAGAGCUACCCAAGAGGCGCCGGCAGCGGGGCUCAGAGCCUAGCCACGAGGGCAUGCUCAUGGAGAGGGACGAGGGUGCCCUGAAGGACUCAUGGCGCUCCAACAGGACUUACACCGAGGACCAGGGUGGUGUAGACACCCGCAGCCGGGGGCCCCGGACAUGCGGGAGAGCCCUCCCACCUCGCCUGAGCAACUGCAGCUAUGGCCGCAGAACCUUUGUUGCCAAAGAACCUCCCCACUGGCAGAGCAGGAGCCCGGGUAGCUCCUGGCAGGAAUAUGGCUCCUCUGACCCAUGUGGCCCACGGCGAGGCACUGACAGAGACUAUAUACCAGACUCCUACCGACACUCUGACACAUUUGGAAGCAGGCUUUUUGAGGACAGCCGCACAGAGGACAAGAGAUCCUUUUUCCAAGACGACCAUGGGCCAGAUUCAGAAAAUGCAGAAAACAGGCCCUUCCGUAGGAGGCGGCCCCCUCGUCAAGACAAACCCCCUCGCUUCCGGCGCCUCCGUCAAGAGCGGGAGUCCCUGGGCCUGUGGGGACCUGAGGAGGAGUCCCAUCUGUUGGCAAGCCAGUGGCCAGGCCGGUCCAAACUCUGUCCUGGGGACAAGAGUGGUCCUGGAGGUCACAGAUCCCCAGAACUUUCCUACCAGAAUUCUUCUGAUCAUGCCAAUGAGGAGUGGGAGACUGCCUCGGAGAGUAGCGACUUCAGCGAACGUAGGGAGCGGCGAGAAGGCCUCGCAGCUGAACCCGAAGCACAAGGGGAUGGUGGCCUCUCUGGGGCCAGUUUGGGUGAAAAGAAAGAGCUGGCCAAGAGGAGCUUCUCCAGCCAGAGGCCCCUGGCUGACAGACAGAGCCGCAAGCUGGAGCCGGGAGGGUUUGGGGAGAAGCCUGUUAGGCCAGGUGGGGGUGAGACUUCCCCCCGCUGCGAGAGCCAGCAGAGUGGGACACCUCUGAAAGUCAAAAGAUCUCCAGAUGAGGUCUUGCCUGGAGGCCUUGGAAGCCAUUCACCCUAUGCCUUGGAGAGGACCACUCAUUCCAGCUCUGACGGUCCUGAAACCACCAGUAAGAAAGCAGAGAAAGAGGUUUCUUUGGCUGCCCAGAGGGCUGGUGAGCAGGAAGAGUCCCGGAAGCAGUUUGACCUGGGCUACGGAAAUGCUAUCAUUGACAACUGCGGAUCCAGUCCUGGGGAAGAGAAUGAAGUCGGCUCCAUGGUGGGUGAAGGCUUUAUUGAAGUCUUGACCAAGAAGCAGCGCCGCUUGCUGGAGGAAGAGAGAAGGAAAAAAGAACAGGCUGCUCAGGUGCCUGUCAAAGGUCGAGGCCUUUCAUCACGGAUUCCUCCUCGGUUUGCUAAGAAGCAGAAUGGCCUGUGUCUGGAGCAAGGAGAUGUGGCUGUGCCUGGCAGCAGCCUGGGCACUGAGAUCUGGGAGAGCAGCAGCCAAGCCCUCCCUGUGCAGGGUGCCGCCAGCGACUCAUGGAGGACAGCUGUCACUGCCUUCAGCAGCACUGAGCCUGGCACCUCAGAGCAGGGUUUUAAGAGCAGCCAAGGAGAUAGUGGCGUUGACUUGAGUGCUGAGUCCCGGGAAUCAUCUGCAACCUCCUCACAGCGCAGUUCCCCAUAUGGUACUCUCAAGCCUGAGGAGAUAAGCGGGCCUGGCCUGGCGGAAUCCAAGGCCGACAGCCACAAGGACCAAGCUCAGAAGCAGUCUGAGCACAAGGACUCAGAACAAGGCUCUGGACAGAGCAAGGAACACAGACCAGGACCCAUCGGCAAUGAGCGGUCUCUGAAAAACAGAAAGGGCUCGGAGGGGGCCGAGCGGCUGCCAGGGGCUGUUGUCCCUCCUGUUAAUGGGGUGGAGAUUCAUGUGGACUCCGUGCUGCCUGUGCCGCCCAUUGAGUUCGGAGUCAGUCCAAAAGACUCUGAUUUCAGCCUGCCACCCGGGUCUGUUUCUGGUCCUGUAGGGAAUCCAGUUGCCAAGCUUCAGGAUGUCUUGGCUAGUAAUGCAGGAUUGACGCAGAGUAUUCCCAUCCUUCGGCGGGAUCACCACAUCCAGAGAGCCAUGGGCCUCUCUCCCAUGUCUUUCCCCACUGCAGACCUCACACUGAAGAUGGAGUCUGCACGCAAGGCUUGGGAAAACUCCCCCAGUUUGCCGGAGCAGAGCUCUCCAGGAGGUGCAGGCUCGGGCAUCCAGCCUCCGUCCUCUGUGGGCGCCUCCAACGGGGUCAACUACAGCUCCUUUGGUGGAGUGUCAAUGCCGCCCAUGCCCGUGGCUUCUGUAGCACCUUCUGCUUCCAUGCCAGGGAGCCACCUUCCACCUCUGUACCUGGAUGGCCACGUGUUUGCAAGUCAGCCCCGACUGGUUCCUCAAACCAUACCUCAGCAGCAGAGUUACCAGCAGGCCGCCACUGCCCAGCAGAUCCCGAUCUCUCUUCACACAUCUUUGCAGGCCCAGGCGCAGCUUGGGUUGAGGGGUGGGCUCCCUGUCUCCCAGUCCCAGGAGAUCUUCAGCUCCCUGCAGCCUUUCAGGUCUCAGGUGUACAUGCACCCCAGCCUGUCACCACCCAGCACUAUGAUCCUCUCUGGGGGCACAGCCUUGAAACCCCCAUAUUCUGCGUUUCCCGGCAUACAGCCCUUGGAGAUGGUGAAGCCACAGUCUGGCUCUCCCUACCAGCCCAUGAGUGGAAACCAGGCCCUGGUCUAUGAGGGCCAGCUUGGCCAGGCUGCCGGGCUGGGCACCUCCCAGAUGCUGGAUUCCCAGCUCCCACAGCUCACUAUGCCACUGCCUCGGUAUGGCUCCGGGCAGCAGCCACUGAUCCUGCCACAGUCCAUUCAGCUGCCUCCAGGACAGAGUCUCUCUGUUGGAGCACCCCGGAGGAUUCCUCCACCUGGUUCCCAACCACCAGUCCUGAACACCAGCAGAGAGUCCACUCAGAUGGAGUUGAAAGGCUUCCACUUUGCCGACAGUAAACAGAAUGUUCCUACCGGAGGCUCUACACCAUCCCCGCAGGCCUACAGGCCUAGCUCUGCUAGCCCCAGUGGGAAGCCCUCUGGAUCAGCAGUUAACAUGGGCUCUGUGCAGGGACACUACGUUCAACAGGCAAAGCGAGUGGAUGAAAAGUCAGGCCUGGGAGCCGUGAAGCUGCAGGAGGCCUCUUCAGCCACCGCCCAGAUGAAGCGAACUGGAGCAAUCAAGCCUCGGGCAGUCAAGGUGGAGGGGAGUAAAGCCUGAAGGUGCCUGGCAUCUCUUGCCUCACCCUAACAGGGAUGGUGCACCACACCAGUCUGGACAGCCACCACUUGGCCCUGAACAGAGCUCUCUUCCAUUCCCGAAAGCUCCUGAAAGUUCCAUCGUCAGCCAGCCUGCAUCGUGGUUAUAUGGCAUUGACCUGCUUGCUUUGGUACAAAAAAGCAGACUCCCUCCUUCCCACCCCUCUGCCCAGUGACUGUGGAGUGAGCCUCCUAUGCAGUGCAGACCUGCCCGCCCACCCCGUUCCCUAGGCACAGUGGUUUGGCAGCAGGGUCAUUUUAGCUGGAGGCUUUUUGUUUUAAAAAGCAGCUAAGGUUUUUACAAAGGGGAAAUGAGAACAAAAUGCUAGCUACGUCUGUAUAGCUGAACUUUUAUACGGUCCUCGCUGUCCUCUCUCUGCUCUGCUGUCCCCAGUGGUCACCUUUUAUCUCUGUCCUGUUUGACAUGUCACAGCGCUACCUUAAGAAGUGAUUCUUAAGAGUCACAUACACACACACACACACACACACACUCACACACUCACAGGUUGGCUAACCUUUGGGGUUUGUGACUGGACACUCUGGUUGGUCCCUAACCACCUUGGGCACUGUGAAGUUAGCAUCUGAGUUUAGUUCCAGUCCCUGGCCUAGAGUUAACAUUUCAGAAUAAGAAUUAUCUGUUCUGGGCCCUUCUGCUGUCAUUGGACACAGUGAGUAUUGCACACUAGAGGAACUUUGGAGUUACAGUCACCAUUUGUAAUCCAGAUUGGCCCCACUUGGGGACUGUGUCUAAGGCUCCAUGAUUUAUCCCCCUGGGUGGCUGUGUUCCCCACUCACUUCCUUUCCUUUUUGUGGAGCCUGCUGUGUCCAUCUGGAUCCCUGUCCAUCUACCCCUCACAGCUUAUCACCAAAAUCAAUAUAAGGACACAAGUGAAUACCUAUUAGUCAAGUUUGCAACAGGAAAGACUAUGGCGCAUUCAUCUCACGUCCUUCACUCGUGGUAACAGGGCAGGGUGUUGGGGCAGGGUUGCUAAGCAACAGGUGUGUUACCCUUCCAUGGAGAACUGCACAGGGUCAAGGUAUAAAUAUAAGUGGCCUGCAGAGAAGCCUAUGCCGCCUCCUUAAAAGGGUGGUUGGUGUCUUGGGACUGCUGCUGCCAGGUUCUGUGUGAGCUCUUGUAUGUGAGGCUUCUUGCUUUCACUAAGAAUAAGGAAAUUUUCCCAUCAUUCAAAGGGAAAUGAAGGGGGGAUUUCAGGGUGCUCAGCUUCUGUUUAGGAUCCCCAUUUAAUCACCCACUUGGGGAUGUUGGAGGCUGCCUGCUUCAGAGCUCGCAGAUGGUGGCAGGCUGGGACAAGCUUCUCAAGUGUCACCAAGGGCAUGAGAGCAGAGAAGCAGCUUAGGAGCUCUGAAGUGGCUUCGCCCUUGCCUAGUUGGUUUUUAGAAGGAAGCAGAAGUCUGCUUCCCCAGCAGGUAGUGCCACACUGUCCCCAGCUUUACCGGACAGGGCAGCCUUAGUGCAGAGUUUCAUUGUAACUGCAGCACUCCGCUACUUCCUUCUCGCCUCUGCCCUCCAACCUUUGUUCAUUUGUCUCUGUCCCAUCUCUUCUCUUGCAUCCCUCCUCAAAAGCACUGCCCGCUUAAGAGUCCCCAGCACAGAUCUGCCUGUGUCCCCAUCUGCUCUUCUACCCCCUGGAAGUGUCUGGUUACUGUCUCAGUGAUUGAGCCCUCUGCCCCACUGCCAAGCUCUACCCCAGUAAGUCUGAGUCAGUAAAAGCCACACACAGUCACCUCUACCUGUCCUUAGAAAUUCGGCCAGACCCACCUCACCUAAUGCUUGGUGGGCAUAUGUGUCAAAAGAGGCAAACAUUUUCUCCCUCAGAAUUUCACAGGAUACUGUUACAAACUCAAAAGUGUGCCCUUUAGGUGAACCUGCUGUCAGAAUGGCAGUACUCCCUGUUUAAGAAGAAAAAAAUAGGAGGUCACCUGUUUUCAGUCCUUUCUCUAACCCUGUUAUUUCCCUCCUGCCUCCCACCCUAAAUAAAAACAAGAAACACUAGAAUUUAUUUAUAUGUAUUGAUGUUGUAGGUCUAGAUGGAAAAAAAAAGUAAAUGUCCCACUGCUCUGUUUAUAUAAUGUCUGAAUUACUCUGUGCAGGGAAGGCCAGGAAAUUGCAUGUGAAAUUUGGUGUGCUCACCACCUCUGUGGUCUCAGUUAUGGGCUCUAUCCCUCUGAGAGAUACAUUUGCAACUAGACUGUGGGGACAGAGGCCAAAUGUCCCUACCCCUUGGGUGAUCUGGUCAAGCCAAGUUUUUAGUACAGAGGUGUUUUAAGGUGCAAUAUCUCUUCAUGUGGUUUUUAGAGUCAAGCUCAAAAUAUAAUAGGACUUGGGCCUUAUUUUGGUUUCAAACCCCUAUCUUUAGAUCACACAUAAAAAACGGGAGCGUCUGUCCAGGUGCCAUGGCCUUUGGUGGGAACAGGUACAGCCCAGCCCCUUCCUUUUCUACUGCUGGGAUGGGUAGAAGUGGGCAGAAUCUUUUACUUCUGCCUGCUAAAGUCACAUCCUACUGCUGGUGGCUUUGUUGGUGUCACUGAUGGUGAAAUCCAUGGUUGGCAACCGGGACUCUUCAGUCUGUUGGUCCUGAUGCAGCGUGUAGUGGCAACUAUCAGUGAAGACUUCUGCCAACUGCACUUAGUCUGGUCUCUUAACAGUUGCUCUUCUUGUCUGAUUCCCAAGUUUACCAUUUUCAAAUUCAGAGUUCACAACACUUCUGGGUCUAAGCUUCCUUAAGGGGGAUAAAGGAUGAUUGUAGUACACAUCCAGAAAAGCUGGUUCCUAUCCAAAGCCACGGUUGCUCUGCUGCUUCUAGAGAUACUUGGGUAACAAUAUGAACCUUGCUGUCCUGGCUUCUGGAACCACCUUCCAGAUGGUCAGUGAUGAAUUUGUGAAAGAUUUGACACUCAGGGCCCAGAGCACAAGAGUGUGCUCGCUGAGGCCAUGAGGCAACUCCCCAACAUCCACUGGGGUCCCCCCUCUGCCAGGUACCUGCAUGUUACCUUUCAGGUUUGCCUUGCCCUCAUUUCCAGCAAGUCUGGAUUAGAGGGUCUGUUGGGAAUCUUUCACAAGCAAGGGCACAGAAGUCUGGCUUCUGUAUUUGAUGAGUGGAAAAGCCAGCUCUUUUGUGAGAUGGCUCUAAGACAAGUUAGGUCAUGUGAAGCAGAGUGGUCAGUACUGGGGAUGAGCACGGUCACCCAGCUGUGCUCCCCACUGUCUACCAGCUCUGACUGGUGAUCUUCCAGGCGCAUGACUCCUGCAGCUCCCAGCUGCCUGCUUCAGACCUGCAACCUCCCCAGGCCCCGUCUUUGGCAUGUCAUAAUCCUGGAGCAGCAGUUCUGAGAGGCUCUGUGCAGGCUCCUUAGUUGAAGGGUCUUGUGCCCUCGGCUUUCCACCUCAUACCUUUUAUAAAAAAGGACUUGGGGGGGUGUUCUUUUUGAGGGUCCUUUUGUUUUCUUUUGCUUUACUUUUGGCCUUCCCUCUGUCUUUCACUUAGACCAGCUAUUUGAAAGGGCAGACGAUGCUAAAGGUGUACUGUGCAGCUUGUUUAGACGUGAUAUGGGGAACCUCUUUGGAUGGGAAAUGGAAUCGUGAAUUCACCCUCCCUUCCCUCCGGGUCAGUCCCUGUUGUUUCUCCUUUCAAAUAUGUGAUUGUACUAGGUCUUUCCAUACGAAAGAACUCUCCUUAUUUAAAUAAAAAAAAGUAUAAAAAAAUAAAGCCAAACAUGCUUUCUCA